AUGUCGCUCUCCAAGUCCUUCAAAGCCAAAAUAAAGAAACUCCUCAAUAACGAUCGUCGUGUUUCGACCAGCUCGCUGCCUAAGACUUUCAAAGCUGCCGUCAUCAAAUCUGCUGGUGGUGACUUUGAAAUCAUUGAAAAGCCUCUAGAGGCACCCAAAGCAGGUACUAUCCUCGUCAAAGUUCUCGCGUGUGGUGUAUGUGCUAGCGAUGCUAUGGUCAAGUAUGGAAUGGCAGCACUUCCCCGAGUAGCUGGCCAUGAAAUUAUUGGCGACGUCGUUUCAGUGCCUGCUGGCGAAACUCGUUGGAAAGUUGGAGAUCGUGUUGGCUCUGGAUGGCAUGGUGGGCACUGUCAUGAGUGCGGCUCGUGCAAGGAGGGCGACUUCAUCACUUGUUCGAAAGAAGCUAUCAACGGUGUCUCCCAGGACGGUGGCUACGCUGAAUACGUUACUCUUCGUACCGAGGCUGUCCUUCCUAUAUCCAAAGAUCUUGACCCUGCUGAAGCUGCCCCCCUCCUCUGCGCUGGUAUCACUACCUUUAACGCACUCCGCCAUGUCCCCGACCUCAAAAAGGGCGAUCUCGUCGCCGUUUUAGGUCUCGGUGGUCUAGGCCAUCUCGGCAUUCAGUAUGCUAAACAGAUGGGCUUCAAGGUUGUCGCGCUAUCCCAGUCCGACGCUAAGAAGGAUUUGGCCACUAAGCUCGGUGCCGAUAUUUACCUCGACGGAUCAAAGGUGAACCAGGUCGAAGAACUUAUGAAACUCGGCGGAGCCAAGGUUAUUCUCGCAACUGCUCCUCAGGGUGAUGCUAUUACAACUCUUCUCGGGGGGCUCAAAGUCGGAGGCACCAUGCUUACUGUUGCCAUUGCUGACCUUGAACUGAGCACCGUUGCUCUCAUCGGUAAACGCGCUACUGUCAAAGGUUGGCCCUCGGGUCAUGCCAAGGACAGCGAGGAGGCAGUUGCAUUUGCUAAGAAGCAUAACAUAAAAGCAAUGGUUGAGAAGUUCUCUCUGGCACAAGCCAACGAGGCAUUCGGCAAGAUGCAGAGUGGUCAGGUCAAAUUCCGUGCUGUCAUCACCCCUUGA